AACUGUCUGCAGUAGAAUAGGUCAUCCAUUUUGGAAGGUUUAGUUAGGACGUGAAAUAUUAAAAGUAAAAUGUCCGAGUGAACUGUCAAAGUGCUGUUUUUACAAUGAAAUUUAUGAAGUAUCAAGUAUUAACGAGCAGCAGUGUUAACCAAUGAUGUCUCGAAAGCAGUUCUGCUGUCAAAUGUGUAAACAGGUUUACCACAGUAAAGUGAAACUUCAAGCUCACAUUAAAACUCAUUUGGUGCCAGAAUCUGGGUUUCAAGAUGCCAAAAAUAAAGAUUCAGGUGCUGCAUGUAGACAUUUGAAAAAGGAACUGAUAUUUGAAAUUUGCAGACAAGAAUUUAGCAGUGCUUUUUCUCUCAAAAAGCAUGAAAAUGCAGCAGGAAAAUGUAAAAGAAAUAGAACAAGACAUAGUUGAAAUCUCCCAAGAUGAUAGAGCUAUUCCUUUAGAGGAUGAUACAAAUCAAGAUACUGAAAAGGAACAAAUGAGAGGGAAGAUUGCUACCCGUUUUAAGUCUUUAUUCAAUGAAACAAUAUUCAGUGCAAAACAAGAAACCAUAAUAAGGCAGUACCAGUGUCAUAUGUGUAAAAAAUACUUCAGUCGCAAGUAUAAUCUUGACCGUCAUCUUCAUUUGACUCCAUGUUCUGACCAACCUGUUGAAAGACAUAGCUGUCAACUGUGUGAAAAAAGCUACACUCGUAAGGAAAAACUUAGGGAACAUCUGAGGCAUCACAAUGGAGAAAUAUCCCGUCAAACUUUACGCCAUAAAAAGUACAAAUGUGAUUACUGUGACAAGCACUUCCAUGGUAUUUCCUUAUUAACAGUGCAUGUGAGAACUCACACUGGAGAAAAACCUUUUGAUUGUGAUUUAUGUUCUAAAUCCUUUCCAUCAAUGGGUGCUCUAACUAGGCAUAGACGCACUCAUACUGGAGAAAAACCCUAUGAGUGUUCUGAGUGUGGACUUAAAUUUUCUUUGAACAGAACACUGAAUCGUCAUAUUCAAAUUCACACUGGAGUGCGGCCUUACAAAUGCCAGUAUUGUGGUAAAGAGUUCAUUCAGUCUGGUAACUUAAAAGCUCAUUUGUUCUACCACACUGGUGAUAAUGGUUUCCAAUGUGAAGCUUGUGGAAAAACUUUCAAUCGUAAAGCUCAUUUGCAAAUGCAUAUCCGAUAUGUUCAUGAAAAAAUUAAACCUUUUGAAUGCCCUGAAUGUGGGAAAUGUUUUACCCGUAAAGAAGAUAUGACGCGCCAUUUUACUUUGCAUACUGGUGAAAAACCUCACCAGUGUCCAACCUGUAUGAAAAGGUUUGCUAUUAAACGAGCCUUGCAGAUUCACCUGCUAACUCAUAAGAAAGAAGAACCACGCUCUUGCUAUGAGUGUGGACGAGCCUUCAUUCGGAAGGACUGUUAUUUGCGUCAUGUUAGAGAACGUCACCGUGAUCGCUUGGAAAAAGUUCUGAUGGAGGAAAAGGCAGGCAAAAACAAUGCAACCCUUUCAGGAGGUCAGCAAAACACAAAUUAACCAAAAAAACUUCCUGAUCUAGUGUUUUUUUAGUUCUUAGUUUUGUGAAUCAUGGUGCUGUUCUCAAGAGAUAUGCAAGAUGAGUCAGUGAAUGUGUACUCUUGUCAUCCAAUUUCUGCUCAUACCUUAAUAAAUCAUGAUCAUGUUAAUGUCUCAUUUAACUUUCUGCAAGAAGAUUUCAAGCUGAAUUUUACUUCUUUUAUUCAUUAUAAUGCUGACAGGACCUUACUAAUAAUACAAGAGCUUUAUUUGUAAAAUGAUUAUAUAUUUCUUUAGCUUAAUCAUGGCAGAAACACCAGAAAUAAAUCAGCUACGUCUGUUCAAGUUAAGAACUGUCAUACAUUUCGACUCCUACUAGUGGCUACUAAAUGUUAUAUAUGUGCUAUUACCAAAACUGAUGUACAACAUUUAUUAGUGAUUGAGGAAGAUACUAGCUGGUGUCAAAGCAUAAGACAGGUUUUAACUAUUUUUUUUUAAUUUGAACAGUUGUAACUGAAUAUUUGGUUGGUGCUUCAACAAGCAUUUAUUUUUCACAAACUUUUAACCAUUUGAUGUAAUAUAUAUUUCUUAUUUUUCAAAUCAUUCCAAUGAAUAAAUCAUUGGUUUGAUAUACCAAAUGUUCUAAUCUUCAUAGUUAUUUUAAUGUAAUCAUUUCUAAUAAUUUUUCUGAAAAUUAUUUUUUGGAAUUAAUGUGCCUUAUAACUGUCUUCCAGUCAUUUUGAAAGUUUGAAGAGCUAAUACAGUUUAGGUAUAUUUUUAUUAGAUUUGAAAGUCUCUUCACUUUUAUAUUAUACAGACAGAUGUAGAGCUUUUACAGUUGGUGAAGGUUUUGUUUGUUAUUUGUUGUUUUCAUGCCAAGGAUUAAGUAAAUAAGUGACUGUUCAAUAAAAGUAUUAGUUGCCAAUUAUUUUAAUUUUUACCAAUUGUUUUACAGCUUUUGUAAUUAAAUGACAUUAUAGAAAUUAAUUUUGUCCCUGAUUUUUUAUUCAGGCUGAUUCUUUUCUUCUUAUGUAUGUGUUACAUUGCUUAUACUUUUUAUUUAUUGUAUAAAACACUUAUUGAAAACAAAUGAAAAUGGUUUUAGCAUAUUGGUUCUAAUUUAUCAGUUAAGUGGCUUUUGGAACAUAAUUUUAAGUAAUUAAAAGGAAGUAUUAGACAUUUAUGAUUCUUAGAAAAUAUUUUUAUGAUAUGUAAAUUCUCUGUGUUUGGUGAUUGACUACAUGUUUUUCUUAUAAUAGUAUGUUUUUAUUUUGAUAUAUAUCUGCAUAUGAUGAUCUGAAUACGAUAAAAAAAAAGGUACAAAGAACCAGAUAGUGUGUUGGGAGACAUUUUAUUUGAUAAAAAUUUGUAAAUGUUGUUUUCUGUCAUGGCCUUCUACAUCCCCAUAGACCUGCCUGCUUGUACCACCUCUCUCUUUCUUAAAUGAUAAUUUUUUUAAAUAUGACAAGGAUCACAAAAAUAUUAAUAUAAAUAUAUAUGUUUUU